UGAUCGUAUAUACGAUAUAAGGUUUGCAUUGAAUUAUAUAAUAAAUGCAACAUGACAGGUCAUAUUUGUUUUCAAUUGCUCAUGAUUUCUAUGCCGUUUCUUACUCCCGUGAUUUAUGGCCACAGGCAAAAUUGCCAGUAUCCAUCCAGAGGAAACGACAUACAAUGGAAAAAGCUCGAAGGCAAAACGUUCUAUGAAUCUAUGAAUGAUGGUAAUGCAAUAUCUGCCGAUGUAGCUUGUGUGAAAGUACAUAACUUUACUAAAGUAGAAGAUGGUGUCGAGGCGACGAUGGAAAACUAUAUAUUCAGAUCACCGGACAAGCCCGAUAUUGUACGACUACACGCACUAAAAGUUGGACGUGGUUUUUACAUUGUUGACAAGCGCACAGGUUUGUUUUGCUUAUCGUCUACACCAGUUGUUUUCAACCAGGAUUUCGGGCCACACUGA